UGCUAAGCGCACGUAUUGUAGGAGCUGUAAAUAUUAAAACUCCUUUAGUAGCCGUUCUAGUUCCAGCUGAAUGCGAAAGCACAUUUUUUUAAUAGGUAAGCGCACGCACACUAUCAAACAAUGAGCUCAAACCUGUUUCGCGCGGUCAUCAUGGGGGCACCGGGAUCCGGCAAGGGUACAGUGUCCGCUCGAAUAGUGAAAACGUUCAACAUGAAGUAUAUCUCCAGUGGAGACAUGCUGAGAAGCAAUAUACAACAGAAAACUGAUUUGGGUAAAAUAGCGGAGCAGUACAUUAAGGAUGGCAAACUAGUGCCGGAUAUUUAUAUAACCAAGUGUAUUUUAAGUGAGUUGGAAAAAAUUAAAACAAAGCCAUGGUUGCUGGAUGGUUUUCCGCGAACUUUGGAUCAGGCCGAAGAAUUGCUCCACACAGAAUCAAUCAAGGCGGUAAUUAAUCUGGACGUUCCAUUUGAAGUCAUCAUCGAACGGUUGCAAAGCAGAUGGGUUCAUUUACCUAGUGGUAGAGUGUACAACAUUGGUUUUAACGACCCUAAAGUGCCCGGCAAAGAUGACGUUACCGGGGAACCACUCAGUCAACGACCAGAUGACAACCCGGAGGCUGUCCGAAAACGGUUGGAAGUAUACGAAGCCUGCACCAAACCAUUGAAUGAAUAUUUUCAGCAGAAGGGUAUUUUGGUAACAUUCACAGGUAAAACAACUGAUGAAAUUUGGCCAAAUGUUAAGAAAUAUUUAGAGAGGACAGUUCCUAAGUAAUACCCAUGUAAUAAAAACGGAGCUUAUAAUCGACCGCUAUUUUUUGAAUGUACAGAACUGCAAAACUGGCCAACACAGUACAAUCAGACUGAUAAGCAAUUUGAAAACAUUCGUUAUGGUAGAGAUAAGAGUAUAGUUAUGUGAUGCGUCUACAUAUUGCCAAAUAAA